CUCUUCACUGUUUGCUGGGGAGAUGGAUGAACGUGUGUACAUUGUAUCGUGCACGAUAUAAUACGUGCUCCUUGGCGGCACAUCCUCUUUGCCUCGCAUUGCCUCCAAUUGAGAACGUGAGGAAAUUGGAGGGAAUUCUCUGUCGGCGAGAUACUUGCGAGCCGAUUUCGUUUAAAAAAAACAGACACCUGUGUGCAGUUUUCUGUCUGCCUGUUUGGAUCUAACGCCUGAAAAUGCCAUCAAAUAAAUUAGCUCUUUUAAGCGUGUCUGACAAGACCGAACUGUUACCAUUGGCAAAAAAAUUACAUGGUUUUGGAUUGACUUUGAUUGCCUCUGGUGGUACCGCACAAGCACUGAGAGAUGCUAAAUUACCAGUUCGAGAUGUGUCUGAAGUUACAGGAGCACCUGAGAUGCUCGGUGGACGUGUAAAAACUCUUCAUCCUGCUAUCCAUGCUGGCAUUCUCGCCAGGUUGACAGACUCCGAUGCUCAGGAUCUUCAGAAGCAAAAUUAUGAUCUUAUCCAAGUGGUAGUUUGCAAUCUGUAUCCCUUCGUAAAUACUAUUUCGAAACCAAAUGUGACGGUCGAGGAUGCGAUAGAAAAUAUUGAUAUUGGUGGUGUGACUCUAUUACGCGCCGCUGCCAAGAAUCACUCCAGAGUUACAGUUAUCUGUGACCCCGCUGAUUAUGAAAAGGUCAUCAAAGAGAUGGACGCUGCCGCCGACAAGAACACCUCCUUGCAGACUAGGCAAACUUUAGCCCUGAAAGCGUUUACUCAUACUGCUGAAUACGACAACGCUAUUUCGGAUUACUUCCGCAAGCAGUAUAGCGCCGAUGUCUCUCAACUCACUCUUCGCUAUGGUAUGAAUCCGCAUCAGAAGCCUGCGCAGAUAUUCACUACUCUGGAGAAAUUGCCGUUGACCGUGCUGAACGGAUCACCCGGGUUCAUCAAUCUGUGCGAUGCAUUGAAUGGUUAUCAACUGGUGAAAGAAUUGAAGUUGGCUCUAAAUUUACCAGCGGCGACUUCCUUUAAGCACGUUAGCCCGGCUGGUGCCGCGGUUGGCGUUCCGCUGGACAAUAUACAGGCGAAGCUAUGCCAAGUGGAUGAUCUAUAUAAUCAGCUUACGCCCUUGGCAACCGCUUACGCUCGAGCGAGAGGUGCUGAUCGAAUGUCCAGUUUCGGUGACUUCGUCGCAUUAUCUGAACCAUGCGAUGUUGUAACGGCGAAGAUCAUAUCAAGAGAAGUCUCAGACGGUAUUAUCGCGCCCGGCUAUUCGGAAGAAGCUCUUGAGAUACUGAAGAAGAAAAAAGGCGGCUCAUAUUGCGUGCUUCAAAUCGAUCCUUCUUACGUACCAUCCCCGAUGGAACGCAAGACCUUGUAUGGCCUGGUCAUGGAACAGAAACGUAACGAUGCGGUGAUCGAUAAAUCGGCGUUCGACAAUAUUGUUACGGCGAAGUCAAAAACUCUGUCAGAGAAUGCUAUCCGUGAUUUGAUCGUGGCAACUAUCACUGUAAAAUACACGCAAAGCAAUUCAGUCUGUUACGCCAAAGAUGGGCAAGUGAUCGGCACGGGAGCGGGACAGCAAUCUCGAAUUCAUUGUACUAGACUUGCAGGAGACAAGGCCGAUAAUUGGUGGCUUCGCCAACAUCCGAAAGUAACAGGAAUGAAAUUCAAAAAGGGUGUGAAAAGAGCGGAGAUAUCUAAUGCAAUUGACAAUUACGUCAAUGGGUCCAUUGGGAAGGAUAUGGAUGAAGCUACCUGGGCUUCCAUGUACGAAGUGAUUCCUGAAAAACUAUCAGAGAGCGAUAGAAUUGAAUGGAUCAAGAAGUUGGAUAAUGUUGCUCUAAGCAGCGAUGCCUUUUUCCCGUUUAGAGACAACGUUGAUAGGGCUAGACUUAGUGGUGUCAAGUUUAUUGCUAGUCCUGCUGGUUCUACAAACGACGUAGCAGUAAUCGAAGCUUGCAACGAACACGGAAUUGUGCUGGCUCACACUGGUUUCCGAUUGUUCCAUCAUUAAAUUUGAGAUAUAAUUUUAUACGUACAUUGUUACUAUUUUUAUAUGGUAUAUCCAACCGAGUAAUGUUUCUCUUUCAAUUAAUGUUUUGAUAUAAGAAAAGUGGCAUAGAAAAUAUUUUUGUACCUCUUUUUUACUUCUGAUGUCUAUUAAACUUUAUAUGAUAUGUAAAAAAACAAUAUGUUAAAUAUAAACAUUAGCAUAUAU